CGACGGCCAGGUUCCGCCCCUGCCCAGUGUGCCCCCCGCCCCGCGCACCGCCCAAGUUCCGCGGAGUUGGCGAGGCGGGUGCCGUCGGUCCCGCGCUGCGCGCUCCCUUCCGCGUUCCGCCGUCUGCCCCGCCUGGCAACCUGGCCCUUCUCCGGGGCCGCUAGCCAUGGCCGGAGCGCCCUGGAAGCAGCGCUGACGGCGGCUGGCGGAGUGCGCCAUGCCCAGCAGGACGGACCCCAAGAUGGACCGGAGCGGCGGCCGCGUCCGUCUGAAGGUGCACUACGGCGGGGACAUCCUGAUUACCAGCGUGGAUGCCAUGACAACAUUCAAGGACCUCUGUGAGGAAGUGCGAGACAUGUGUGGCCUGCACCAGCAGCACCCACUUACCCUCAAGUGGGUGGACAGUGAAGGUGACCCUUGUACUGUGUCCUCACAGAUGGAGCUGGAGGAGGCCUUCCGCCUGGCCUGUCAGGGCAAGGAUGAAGUGCUCAUCAUCCACGUUUUCCCAAGCAUCCCAGAACAGCCGGGCAUGCCUUGUCCUGGAGAAGACAAAUCCAUCUACCGCCGCGGAGCCAGAAGAUGGAGGAAGCUGUACCGAGCCAACGGCCACCUCUUCCAAGCCAAUCGCUUUAACAGGGGAGCGAACUGUGGCCAGUGCAGCGAAAGGAUAUGGAGUCUCUCGAGGCAGGGCUACAAGUGCAUCAACUGCAAGCUGCUGGUCCAUAAACGCUGCCACGAACUCGUCCCGCUGACCUGCAGGAGGCAUAUGGAUUCUGUCAUGCCUUCCCAAGAGCCUCCAGUAGAUGACAAGAAUGAUGGUGUAGACCUUCCUUCAGAAGAUACUGAUGGAAUUCCUUAUAUUUCUUCAUCUCGGAAACAUGACAAUAUCAAAGAUGAUUCUGAGGACCUUAAACCUGUCAUCGAUGGGGUGGAUGGGAUCAAAAUCUCUCAGGGGCUGGGGCUGCAAGACUUCGACCUCAUCAGAGUCAUCGGGCGCGGAAGCUAUGCCAAGGUCCUCCUGGUGCGGUUGAAGAAAAAUGACCAGAUUUACGCCAUGAAGGUGGUAAAGAAGGAGCUCGUACAUGACGACGAGGAUAUCGACUGGGUGCAGACGGAGAAGCACGUGUUCGAGCAGGCGUCCAGCAACCCCUUCCUGGUUGGCUUACACUCCUGCUUCCAGACAACGAGCCGGUUGUUCCUGGUCAUUGAGUAUGUCAACGGUGGGGACCUCAUGUUCCACAUGCAGAGGCAGAGGAAGCUUCCAGAGGAACACGCCAGGUUCUAUGCUGCUGAGAUCUGUAUCGCUCUCAACUUCCUUCACGAGAGGGGAAUCAUCUACCGGGACCUAAAACUGGACAACGUCCUCCUCGAUGCUGACGGACACAUUAAGCUGACGGACUACGGCAUGUGCAAGGAAGGCCUAGGCCCUGGUGAUACAACAAGCACUUUUUGUGGAACCCCGAACUAUAUCGCCCCCGAAAUCCUACGAGGAGAAGAGUACGGUUUCAGCGUGGACUGGUGGGCGCUGGGUGUCCUUAUGUUUGAGAUGAUGGCUGGGCGCUCCCCCUUUGACAUCAUCACAGACAACCCUGACAUGAACACUGAAGACUACCUUUUCCAAGUUAUCCUGGAAAAGCCAAUCCGGAUUCCCCGUUUCCUGUCUGUCAAGGCCUCGCACGUCCUGAAAGGAUUUUUAAACAAGGAUCCCAAAGAGAGGCUUGGCUGCCGGCCACAGACUGGGUUUUCUGACAUCAAGUCCCACGCCUUCUUCCGCAGCAUAGACUGGGACCUGCUGGAAAAGAAGCAGACCCUGCCUCCCUUCCAGCCUCAGAUCACAGAUGACUAUGGCCUGGACAACUUUGACACGCAGUUCACCAGCGAGCCUGUGCAGCUGACCCCAGAUGAUGAAGAUGUCAUAAAGAGGAUUGACCAGUCAGAGUUUGAAGGCUUUGAGUACAUCAACCCGCUUCUGCUGUCUGCUGAGGAGUCCGUGUGAGGCCAUGAGCAUCUCUGUUGUGGACACGCCUGUGAAUGACCCUGUCACUUUACCCUUAACUACAGCAUAUGCAUGCCAGGCCAGGCACCGAGGCUCCGAGCAGCCAGGGAGGGAUGCUGGCCACCAAGACCACAGAGGGGCAUCCAACAGGCACUUGUAGAGCAAUCUCUUGUGUCCAGGCCCCCAGAGGCUGGCUUUGUGCUGGAGGAACCGCUUCCUGUGCCCACGGAGGCCCUACCAGAGAGUGAGACAGCCACACCGUUUUGAAAGGUGCACAUCUUCCACAGAAACAGAACUUGAUGCACUGACCCGCUCCAGGAAAAGUUAGCGUGUAAUGCCCUGAGGAAUAAAGUGUACCGAUGAUGUCGAA